UUCAAAUCCUGCUAUCGGAUGUACAUAGAUAUAUUUCAGAUUUAUCAUUAUUUGAAAUUCCAUAUUACCAUAUCCAUAUCAAAAAAAGUAAUUUUUUCUAACAAAUAACAUCGGUGGCCAUUUAAUAAAAAAAGGAUAGCGCAUUUCCGUGAACACAUCUACACAUUUGAAUAAGAUAUGAAUGAAACAUUAACAGCCACUUUCAAGUACUUGGGACUAAUAUAUUGUAUAAUAUUUCCUUUGAUAAGAAAAUUCACCAACCUAAUUGAAAAUAAAAAAUUGAAAAAUAUCUUUAAGGACAUGGUAGCCACGUUCGAACUAUGUGCAAUAAAUUACGAAAUUGUUGUAGGUGCACAAGUACAAGCUUCAUACUAUUCUGAACUACAUUUUUUUAUACUUACUUGUAUGACAACGUUGCUCUGGGUAGAAUACUGGCACGAAGUCCGUGCCUGUCCCAAUGAAAUAGUAGAACAUAUGUUCGCAGCACAGAAAUCAGUCUUAUUUUGUAUAUCUUUAAUAUUUGCUGAAUUGCUUAGCAGUUAUGUUGCAUUCAGAUUUAUGACUGAAAUAUGGAACACUUUUCUUCCUUUCAAACGAACGUCAGUAGGUUGUUCUAAAACGUUUGAUAAGGAUCUUGUACUAUCCGCAUUUAUUUGCGAAUUGCUCUUAACUAUCGCUAGUAGACUAUCAAUUUAUUGCGUAAUACCUUUAAAGAGAUAUAUAGGAGAUAUAAAACAGGAAUUUUUGCUUAUUUUUGUGAUAUCGUUGUAUAGGACUAUAGGAUUCUCUCUUUACGCCAGUUUCAACAAUCCAGUGUUAGGAGCUUGUGUGAGAUACGGUUGUCCAAAAAUUGAUCUCUUUCAAAAUGUACUUGUUUAUUGGAUUGCGCCGAUUUGCGGAUCUGUUUACUCCAUGUAUAUAUUACAAUGGUGCAGAACGUUUAUUAAUUAUUUGCGAAUUAGAUCAUGUGAACAAACGCCCCCGCCUGAUAACAAAUUUUUUGCACUUUUCGAUAAUGAUAUUCCGAUAGACAUAUUCGCCCAUGCAUAAGAUUAUUUAUUUUAUUUAUUCAUUAUA